AUGUCGGACGACCCUGAUAUCAACCCACCUCUUUCCAAACUAAAAUCACCUCAACUAAACACGCAAAAAACUUUCGCCGAAACAACCGCAAACGUCUCCUUCCCGAAAAAAGACCAAGCUAUAAUUUUCAACACAAUCCAAGAUGUACCACAGAUAGAAUACAUUAAAGCUUUCAGCUCACUUACGCCACCAAACAAUAUAAAAUUCGCAUCUCGAGUGUCGAACAAUAGGUUCUGUAUAUACUUCGCAAACAAAAACAUCGUCGAGCAAAUCAUAGCAAAACAACAUUACAUAACAAUAAACAACACCGAAAUACCGUAUCGCCGCCUUAUCAACCCAGCCAAGCGCUAA